AUGUCAAUUAAAUCACAACAUUCUUUCCGUUCAUCUAAAUUUAAAUCACAAAAUGGAUCAACAAAAGAUAUUAGUAGUUUUGUAUCUGAACAAUCUUUUAAAUCAACAAGAACAAUUUCAAUUAGAAGAAAACAUCUUGAUAAUUCUUUUGUUAUUUAUUCAAGUGAUGAAAUAGAUCCUGAAAUACAAAAUAUUGCAGAUUCUUGUAUUAAUGAUUUAUCACAAAUUAAGUUAGUAUGUCAAAAAAUGAAAGACUCUAAUAUUUAUUUCUCAUUUGAUACAGAAAUUGCACAAAGAAUAGGUAUUAAUGAAGAUUGGGAUGUUUCAUUAUGUAGAAUGUAUGUUAAUAGAUUAUCCCGUAGUUAUAUAACAUUACUUAAAACAUUAGUUACUUCUAUAAAAGAUUGUUCUUCUGAAUCAACUGAAUUUUUAUCUAUUUGUCAAUUUCUUCUUCCAAUUGAAUUACGAUAUUCAUCUCAAUUAUCAAUUUCUUUAUUAGAGACAUUAUGUCAUAGAUUUGAUGAUGUAUUUAAUAAUCCACAGUUUGAUCCAAUUUAUCAAUUCGAUGAUAUUAAUGUACGUUCUACAUUAUUUGCAGCUUCUCCUAGAGCAUUAAUAACAUUACUAUUUUUCCCACAACAACCAGAACCAGAUUUUCCUAAUAGACUAGCAAUUUAUUUAUCUAUUGCAUUAGAACCAAAUGAAUUAUGUAAAAAACUAAGACAAGUAUUUGAUGGAGAAGAUCUUAGUAAGAGAAAUAUUCAAUGUAUUGGUGCAUUAUUAAAACAUUUAAUUCGUAUAAAUCCAAAAUUACCAUUAAAAGAAAAUAUAGGAGAUAUUAUUGAAAUUCCUGUAAUAAAAUCAGAAGUAAAAGUAAAAAGAUUUUAUAAUAAAAAAAGUACAGGAAGUUCUAUUGUUACUAAUUCAUCAAUUUUAAAAAAUAAAAAGAAAAUUGGAGAAUUAACAGAUGUUAAAUCAAAAAUAUUAGCAGAACAAUUAAUGGUAUUUGAUUCAUUACUAUUAAAUGAUAUUGAAACAUCUGAAUGUGUACAAAUGAAAGAAAAACCAACAAUUGAUUUUUAUUGUGAAAUAAUUGAUAAUCUUGGAAUGUGGGUAUCAUAUUCAAUUAAAACAGAUACAAAUGAAAUUAAUAGAAUGAGAUAUUUUAUUAAAGUUGCAUUAGAAGGUUUAAAACAUAAUUCAUUUAAUGUAAGUUAUGCAUUAUAUACAGGAAUAUCUCAUUUUUCAUUAAAUAAUAUAUUUAAAAAAUUACCACAUAAAAGUAUUAAACAAUUUGAAGAAUUACAAAGAGUAUUUGAUAUUUCUAAAAAUUAUAUUAUUUAUAGAAACACAUACUCUAUUGCUCCUACUCCAAAAAUACCUAUUUUACCAUUAUGGCUUGGUGAUAUUAUUCAUGCACAUACUGCUUUUUCAUCAAAUAGAAGUGAAAAUGGUUUAUUUAGAAUGGAUGCUUUAAGAACAAUUGCUAAUGUAUUAUUAUUAGUAAAUCAUUCACAAAGAGUUGGAUUUUUUGGAGAAGACUUAAUUAUUGAUGAAAUAUUUGCAAAACUUUCAAUGAAAUAUCAAAUUUAA